AUGGCUGCAUAUUACAAUAUCAAGAAAUCCGACCACAACGAAAAGACCACCAUUAGAGAAGCUGUCGACAAAAAAAUUAGCAACACUGAGUACGAAGAAAUGGAGAAUAAGCUAUACAGAUUUGAUAAUUACAAAGAAGAAAUAACUUGUGGAGAUUUGGCAGAUGUAUUGAAUUAUGCUAAGCAGUUCACGGGCGACGACUCGUCGACUACCGUGAUCGCUCAACCGGAGGAACCCUCCAGCAUUGGACCGGAUGAGAUGAAAAUAAUUGCAGACAACGUGAUUGUAGCGCCGCCCGUAGAAUUAAAAAUUAAGCGAAAUGACGAAGCGUUGGACGUCACGCCAACCAAGGGAAAGGAUGUCACUCUCCCUUUUUGGGACUCGUUCGUCAGGCUGGACCCGGGAGUCACUCCGGCAAUAYCCGAWCCUCCACGAGCGGGCAUCUUGAUGCGAAUCAUCAACGCCAUGUGGAGAGGCAUGACAAGUGCCGCACACAUGCCAAAUAUGCGUAUUUAUUUUGAAGCAAAGAUUACAAAAAAGUAUUAUAAAGAAAAAGAAACUUUUUUAGUACAUUUUUUCACUAAAGAAGAUUGCUCAAUUAAUUCAAAAAAAUUUAUGUUUGAAUCACUGUUGGUAUUUAGUGAUGAUAAUUUUAAUUCAAUGUUUUUUGCUACAGUUAUAAGAAUGAAUCCACAAAUAGUAUCACCAAUAAAAACAUUAUCAAUUCAGCCUUUGGGUGAUAAAUCAUCAAUUAAAUUGAAUUCUUCUUAUACUAUGGCUGAAUCUGAUGCAUAUUUUUUACCUUACAUGCAUAGUAUGAGUGUUUUGAAGACAUUUGACCACUAUAACUUUCCAAUGAAAUCGUAUAUUGUAUAUGGAAAAACUAAACCUAAAAUUCCGGCAUACUUAAAAUAUAAUUCAAAAAUAUACAAUAUUAAUGGUUCACAGUUUAAUAUUUUAAAUGAUGAACUUUGGCCUGAUAACAAGGUUCUAGGACUUGACUGUGCUCAAAGAAUGGCAUUUAAAGCGGCAUUAACUGAAGAAUUUACUGUAAUUCAAGGACCUCCUKGUACUGGAAAAACAUAUAUUGGUCUUAGAAUAGCCAGGAGUAUUAUAGAGAAUAUGUAUGAAACAAAUAUACUCAGAAAACCAAUUGUAGUUGUUUGUUAUACAAAUCAUGCUUUAGAUCAAUUUCUUGAAGGUUUAAUUAAUAUCACUAAAAAAAUAACAAGAAUUGGUGGUGGAUGUAAAUCUGUUGUUUUAAAAUCGCAUGUAUUAGCAAAUAUUAAGUGUCCUUCAGCACUAUUGCAUUUGAGUAAAUCAUAUGUAGUCGGACUCACUACUACUGGAGCUGCAAUGAGACAUUCUCUGUUGUUGGAACUAAAACCCCCUAUAGUUAUUGUGGAAGAAGCUGCUGAAGUCUUAGAGUCACACAUAGUUGCGUCCUUAACUGAAUCUUGUCAACACUUAAUUUUAAUUGUUGACUGCCAUGCGGCCGCCGGCGUCCGUAUAAAAAUAAUUAGGUAUUGA